UUAAACUGCUUUCUUUUCUAGACCCGAGUUAAGCCUCCACCAUGUUCGGCUCCUCCCGAGGUGGUGUGAGGGGAGGACAGGACCAGUUCAACUGGGAAGAUGUGAAGACGGAUAAACAACGUGAAAACUACCUUGGGAACUCCUUGAUGGCCCCGGUGGGCCGUUGGCAGAAGGGGAAGGACCUUACGUGGUACGCCAAGGGGAAAAAAGGCGACGCACCUUUGUCUCGGGAGGAGGAGCUGACUGCCGUCCGGCGGGCAGAAGAGGAGGCCAUGAUGGCAGCCCUAGGUUAUAAGAAUGUGAAAAAGCAGCCAACAGGACUGAGUAAAGAGGAUCUUGCCGAAGUCUGCAAACGCGAUGGAGCAGAUCGCGAUGAGAAGUGCGUCGAUCGAGUGAUGGGUCUGGGGAGUUCGCGGAACGCUGGGGGAAGAAUGAUGUUUUCCAAAGAAGAUAAAGCAGCAGCCAAGCUGGGUCUUUCCGUGUUUACACAUCAUCCCGUGGCCAAGAGUCCAGAGCCAUCAGCUCCUCCAGAGAAGCUGGAUGAGAAAAACAACGUGGAAAGGUUUGAGAGCGAGGUCAGCAAGAAAUCUAAAAAGGAGAAGAGGAAGAAGAAGAAGAAGAAGAAGGAGAAGAAACACAAGAAAGAAAAGAAGAAGGAGAAGGAAAAGCACCACAGAAAGCGAGGGGCUUCUUCAUCGACUGCCUCUUCUCCGGAUAACAGGGAAAGGAAACAGAGACCCUCUCUGGAGCUCCUGCCAUCCCCCUCUCGGCGGCGUGAGGGUCGUUCUUCACCUGCCCAAACAACACAGCCACCGUCCAACAGGUGUCAACGCAACACGACUUCAUCGCCUCCCUCCAAGCUGAAAAGUGGCGACCGUGGACGGCGAAGCCACAGUCGGUCCCCGCCUUCCAAAGGCAGAGCUUCAGGAGCUCGGAAACGGACACGGGGGUCCCCACAAGCCCUCCCAGCCAAGAGGAGGCAUGACACGGAUUCAGACGAUUGACCCGUCCUUGUAAAACAAAGCAGACUUGGUCAACAGAACGUUACCUUGACCAUUAAGUGGAUCCGGAUUCCCGUCUGGUGCAAACAUCAGCAUUCCUUUCGUAGACAGAGCAUCGAUCUUCCUCUGUCCAUUUGCACCGCUGUCCGAAAGCAUCUUUUUUAAAAAGACCUGUCCCUAAAUGCCUUUACAGACAUCAAACCCUCGUAGCUAUGCUAACCGGUCAGCGCAAGUCGACAGUUUUAAAAUGACCGGUGCAAUGCACUGAAUUACCCAGAGCUUUUUUCCAAAGAGAAGAGAAUGUGUCUGCUGCUGAUCAGUCGCGUAGCAUUAAUUUUAAAAAGCGAUCGGAGAGCUGAUCUCUAAAGAUGAGCCUGGGGAUCAGGUAGAAUGCCUUAUCCCAGCCAGGAGCUUCUGUGAGAGUGCAAAAAGUCCCCUUCUGAAAUUCAUAAUGCCAAACGAUGAAAGGAGGAAUGCAAACAGAGUGUCUUUCUUUUGUAGUUGAGAUAGCCAAUUUGAAAAGCAAACACAGAUCUUGUAAUUAAAAAAAAAACAAAAGACUCGGUUGGAUCCAGUUUGGCUCCUUCACGGGCACCUCCCAGCAGAUCUGCUGACGACACUAGACGGUGUUGGCUGCUGAUUUCUUCCAAGCUAAACCUAUAUUGUGGCUGGAAUUUGUCUUAGAUCCAGGAACUUUGGGAAUUAUGCCAACUCCAGGAGAAAUAGGCUUAGGUUUAUGAAGAUUUAGGGCAAGGUAUAAAUGUCUUCAAGGUGUUGAUGAUCCUGGUUUAUUUUUUGCAGCACGCUUCAUAACUGCCCAUCGAAAAGCAUUCUUCCCUUCGUAAUUUAGACCGAAGGGGUAGAAUCGUAUUUUUGCUGCUUUCCUGUGUCUUCGGGGCAGGAUCGGCACGUGGAGGUGGUUGGCUACCUUGCCUUACGAACAGCGUGUUUUUUGUGAGCGUUCUUCCGUGUUUUAAACGUGUAUAGAUUUUUAUUACGUCCUGCGAGGCACCCGGAAAAUUAAAAGAAUCGGCACGCGUUUGUGGGUU